AUGAAAGAACGGACUACUUUGCACGAAAUUACACAAGAAGAAGAUGGACUGCCCGAAUUAGAUAUUGCUGAAAGAGAUGAAGCGAAAAAUGAAUUUAAUAAGAAUAAGAAUAAGAAUAAGGGGGAGAUGGGAAAAUCAAAUGAAGAAUUCACUAACAAUUGGGAAGAAAAGACUCAGACUGGUGCAGAGAACAAUCACGUAGAUGACGUGACGGGAAAUGGUGUUGAGCGAAAUCACAAAGUAGAAAGUCUUGAGCAAGAUGCAUCCCUCGACGUCAAAGAUUUGAAAGUCAAGAAGAAGAAGAAAAAGAAUCGGAGAGUAAGAAAGGCUGCCAAACUUUCUGAUGAUGUAGAUGCAGAAGGAAAGGAUGAAUCUGAUACGCUUGAAUCAGGCCAGAAUCAAUCAGAACAUGAUUGGAUGAAGGCAGCCUACAUGCAUAGAAUAUUCAUUGCUUUUGAGCCUUUUGGAGGGAGGAAAAAAGAUACCGACGAGAGCAUAUACUAUGGUAUCAACAAGCCAGGAUGGAAAUCGUUUACACCAGCGGAGAUCAGCUUGUUGGGCAAACCAUUUCAAGAUUUCUUGAUCAAAGUUCAAAAAGGUGAUGACGUCAAGCCCUUUCAGCCGCAAACAAUCUCACAAGCUGCGCGCAGAAUCAUACGACCCCAUUUAAAAACUUCAGAACUUGGUAAUCAUCAACCCCUUAAGAAACUUGAUAAAAAGACGUACAAAGCAAUUCAGUUCCUCUGGAGCUUAGAUCAAAAUGCUAUCCUUCAGCUCUACGAGUCGCUUUUCCCUCCCAUGAUGAACAAAUACGAAGCUUACCGGAGAGUCAUAACAUUAGUCCAGCAAAUUUCGCAAAAGACAACUGUUGAGAAUUGGCUCGUCAUUAAAAAAGAAUUGGCUAAUAAAUCACAGAUCCGAUCACUCGGUUCUCAAUUAAACAAGCUGGGUCAUUUUUUCAGGUUGAAUGAAGAAUUUCCAGAUGAAAUCUGUCGCAAUGAUUUUGGUCUCCUUCAAAAAUACAUUUCCGAUGGUCGGGAUGCCUUCAAAGGCCUAGGCGCGAAUAAUUUUGAAGACGUAGUGCGUUUUGUUUUUGAAUGGAUGGGCGCCACGGAAUCUAGAAGAAGGUUUGAGGUGGUUCACCCCCAAAAAGACAAGGAAUCCUCGUUGAUUGAAGCGGCAGUGGAUGGUGAUAUCAAAAGCCUGCGAAAGGCAAAGGAAUCUCAUGGGAUUGAUUUCUGGGCCGUGAUUCAUGUGAUACAUGCUCUUGGUUUAGGAAAAGAGCCUGAGGAGACGAUUGCGGAGUAUGAGUUAGCUGGAGUUUAUGAAAGGUUCAUGCAUUUGAGGGAGGCAAUCAUUCCGCCACUCGCCCAGGAUCUUGCUCUGCCUUGGUCUGAAUCGGCGGAGCGACAUUGGCUGGUUGAAAAAUACGGCAAAGAGUACCACAAAAGGUUCAAGGAGUUGUGCUUCCGAAUGAGACGAGUUUUUCGGGGAAUUGCUGAACCACGUCCUCUCCGCUCCGACGUACCCCUUGCUACGAGAUAUAGAAAAUUAAUUCUCGAUGUUCGCGAAAUCCCAGAUGUGAUGCUGUUUGAAGAUCAAGGCCUCGAUUUCAGCCUGAUGCGUGAGAUCCAAUCCGAAAUAGAUUUGAAAACUAUCAAUGGCCACAAAGAAUGGAAGGUUAUUUUUGGCUGUUUUCCUUUGAAAUUGACGGCUGAGCAACAGCAAUUUUUGAAAGAUUGGUCUAAAGAAACAAGUACCACGAUAUGA